AAUCAUGUUGUCAUUGGAAGAGAGCAUCAACAAAACUGUCCAUCAGCCCAACCUAGAAAUGUUGUUUGCAUUGAUCAGUUUGGUCGCCAACAUCAUAAACAGAUACUGUUUUGUGAUUGUGAGAAGGAUGCUGUAACAUUGAUGAAAAUGAAGUUAUGGCCAGGAAGUGCAACAAGACCAACUCUUGCUUUCCAGGUUCAAUUAAUGGAGCUGGCUCGAACUCUUCUAUUGGAGUGUCAUGUUUCCCUGAAAAAGUUUUGUGAUGCGCUAGGAAUUUUUUCCAAAAAAUCAACUCUUCCAAAAUGGGUUAACAAUAUCUACUCCACACUAAAUACUGAUUCAUUUGAUGAAUAUCGCUAUCAUCAGUAUUUGCUUGGAACUGGCUUUCCCAUUAGAGAACAAACCAUCACAAAGCACUCAUGUCCUCUUUGUCCUAAGGAAGGGGAAUCUGGUAUUCUUAUAGAAUCUAUGGAUGCUUGUUUUGGUUUGGUGCGAAAAAAGUCUGCUGCCAAAUGUAUUCUUCCCCCACGGCAUCAACUGACUAUGUUCGCAAAUCAAACUGAUGUUGAUGAAUUUGUUGAAAAUUAUACAUCCAAUGCCAAAAAAGCUGAUACAAGCUGCAAUGAGUUUAAGGCUGGGGAAGUUAACAGUAUGCUUCGGUCCAAAGGAAAAAAUAGAUUAUAUGAUGAGAAAGGUGUUUUUGGUCGUGUAUGCAGACAUGAUUAUCCAAAAGGCUUUAUAAAUAUCAAACAUGGUGAAAGAAUUGCAUACUCUGUACAUGAGCUAGAGCGAGUAAUCAGGACUUCAGAUGAAAAUUGCAAGAUUAGAAGACAUAUAUUGCUUGCACAUUGGUAG